AUGUCCGAAGCUUAUCAGACCUCCCGGCUGACCGGUAAACAGGUCCCACACUUCUACAUCCACUCAGACACACGUCACUUCAAGGACACCUCAGGAAGGACGCUGAUUCUCAGAGGGGUCAACCUAUCUGGCUCGGCCAAAGUCCCACGAGACCAUCCCCAACACGUCCUACACAACUUCUGGGAAUCCGCCGAACAGGACGGCCAACCCACCCAAUCGAACUCGUACACUCAAGCUAACCCGGAUUCCUCCUACUCCUCCAAUUCCUCAACCGCCGACUCAUCCUCCUUCAACUUCGAUACCCAGAACUUGACCCCUACCACCACCUCUAUUCCCAUCUCUCAGAAGAACCAGCCUCCGAACUCCAACGGGAUUAGCUAUAUCGGUCAGAACUUGAACCUUCAGGAUGGCUCCGCAGAUGUCCAUCUGACCCGUCUGCGCCAAUGGGGCUUCAAUUGCUUACGCUUUGUUACCGUCUGGGAAGCUCUUGAGCAUCAAGGCCCUGGUCAAUAUGAUGACGACUACAUGGAAUAUGUCGUGGCGAUGCUACGUAAAUGUAAGGAAUAUGGGUUCCGUGUUUACAUGGAUCCUCAUCAAGACCUGUUCUCACGAUUUUGUGGAGGAUCGGGCGCGCCUCUAUGGACACUAUAUGCGUGUGGGUUGAAUCCGCGGAACUUCACGGUGACCGGGGCGGCAUAUCUACAGGCAGAAUGGCCGCACCCGGACAGCCCGGAUCCGGAGUCCUUCCCGGCGAUGAUCUGGGCGACGAACUACAACCGAUUGGCGUGUCAGACGGUCAACACGAUGUUCUGGGCCGGACGAGAUUACGCGCCGAAGUGCAUAAUCGACGGGGUCAAUAUCCAGGAUUACCUUCAGUACCAUUUCCUCGAAGCUUAUCGUCGUUUGGCCAUGAAGUUGGCAAGUGCUGGGGAUCUGCUCGACGAGACUGUGAUCGGCUGGGACAGCAUCAACGAACCUAAUCAUGGCUAUCUCGGUCUCCAUAACCUGAUGGCCAUCCCUGAUGAAGUACCUCUGCGGAUCGGGCCGACCCCGACGGGCUAUCAGGGUCUCAAGAUGGGCAUGGGCGGGUCAUGCAAGCUGGAAAACUACAGGUUUGGGCCACUUGGACCGCAACGAGAUGGGAGCGUAGUGGUGGACCCUAAGGGCAAGCGGGCCUGGCUUCAUCCGAGUGCCGAGCCCAAUGGCUUAUCGGGAUAUGGAUGGCGAAGAGAUCCGGGAUGGGUGUUAGGAACCUGUAUUUGGGCCCAACAUGGGAUCUGGGAUCCCGAGACCGACGCCGUCCUCAAACCUCAUUACUUCAACGAAUCCCGACAGGACCCUAAUAAACCCGUCGACUUUGCCAGCCAAUAUUGGCGCCCUCAUCUUAACGCUUAUUGUCAUAUGAUCCGUCAGAUCCAUCCUGAAGCUAUCCUCUUCGUUCAUCCUCCCGUCUUCGAAAUCCCUCCUGAUCUCAGUCCUUCCGUCUUACCUAUCCUCAAACAUCGUUCCGUAUUUAGUAGUCAUUUCUAUGAUGGCUUGACUUUGGUCACCAAGCAUUGGAAUUGGUUUAAUGCGGACGCUUUGGGAAUCCUUCGUGGUAAAUAUCCGUCGGUUGUCUUUGGUUUGAAGAUUGGUGAAACUGCUAUCCGAAAAUGUAUGCGAGCUCAAUUAGGAAUGCUCAAGCAAGAUGGACUCGAGAAGAUGGGAGAGUUUCCGACGAUGAUGGGUGAGAUUGGAAUUCCAUACGAUUUGGAUAAGUCGAAAGCAUACAAAGACGGAGAUUACAGCAACCAAAUCAAGGCCAUGGAUGCCUCCUUGAACGCAUGUGAUGGUGAGAACAUGUUGAGCUAUACGCUGUGGACCUAUUGUCCCUCGAACUCGCACCAAUGGGGAGACCUAUGGAACGGGGAGGACCUGAGUCUCUGGAGCUCGGAUGACGCGAUGUACCAAGGCUCGACCUAUGCGGAAAAGUCGAGCCGACAUGGGAAGGUUUUAGGGCGACCGUUCCAGUACAAUUACGGGGCCCAGUCGGCCGGGCCGACGCCGAAUGCAUCCGCAGUGACAUUGAACCACCGCUCGACGGAUGUGUCGGAGACCGAUCUGGUGCGCAAGGGGAUGUUCACGCCGAUGGAUGGCUCGAGUUCGAACACGAGUCUCGAGCUGGGGCUGAUGAACUUGAACGAUGGAGCGCGGGCCUUGCCGGCGUUCUGUCGGCCGUUCCCGGUGGCCAUUGUGGGUGUGCCGAGUUACUUCAACUUCGACAUCCACAGCGCCAGUUUCGAGUUGACGGUCGAGGUGGAUGCGGAGAAGGAUGGCGGGCUGGGCUGGGGCAACGAGGAGUUGCCGACGGAGAUCUAUGUGCCUGCGGUCCAUUUCGGAUCCGCCUCUGCUGACCCAGGCGGUCUUAAGCGUCGCGUGGCCUCUGAGAACGAUGCUCGCAAUCCCGAGCAUUGGCCCGUCGGACGCUCCUCCGAUGCCUCCCUCCCACUGCCCAUCGGCCACGACCAUACCCUCCUCAAUCCCGCCACCGGCUCCCCUGCUGGUGUUCAGGGUCUCCCCUUCGACCCCCAUCGCUUCAAGGAUACCCUCCAACUUGAGGUCUCCGUCUCCGCUGGUAGAUGGGAAACCGACGGACAGAUCCUCCGUUGGUUCUAUCCUAGAAAACCUCUCAACGGUAAUAAAACCGCUAGCUACACUCUCAAAGUUCGCAGGAAAUUCGGACCCAUCCUCUUCACUGACGGUCAUACUAAUCUCUGCGAGCCCUCUGGGCCACUGAAUAUCAGCACCAGUGGCGCAAGCCGAAUCGGAAUAGGCUACCAACACCGUGAACGGAAGCCUAAGGGCUCGGAGAACUUCGGCCGGACGAAGAAAGUGUUGAGCUCUAUUGAACAACAUGCUCGACUGCGCGCUAUCUGGAAGGAACAUGUGUCCGCUAAUCCGUCGCUCAAUUCUAAUGCCUUUGCGGCUCCGUCUUCUUCCUCUUCUUCCUCUGCCUAACCUCCCCCCUUGAUCUCCUUCUUUCAAUAAAUUGCUUUUUUUUUUCCUCCGGGUCUUUGUUGUAUAAAUGAUCUGUAUCCUCUAGUAGACUGUUUUACCAUUUUCACAUAUCCCUCUGCCGUUUCUUUAUGGUUCCUUCAUCUCCUUCUUUUCUCCUUCUUCCUCGCCAUUCGUCAGUUCUUUGGGUGCUGCUUUUAUAUCUGCAUGGCAGGAUCUUCUCUUUUCCUUUUUUUGGAUUUCAAGUUUCUUUUUUCUUCCUCUUUGAUUUGGUCCAAUUUUCUUUGUGUUUGUGUUUGCAUGCAUAUCAAUCAAUGAUGAUUGUGAAUAUCAAUGAUCUCAUGGAUUUCUGUCAAGUUUCAAAACCAGAUCAAUAAAAUACUAACCUUGCUUCUGUUUUCUUUUUCUUUUCCUUCCUUUUUUUGGGGGCAACCAUUUCAACCUUGACCAAUCCAAAUUCUAACCAACCCAUUGAAAUUCUUAUCCGCGUGGGUGAUCUGACUUGAAAUGCAAAUUGGGGCUUCACAGGAUGGGCAUGUGGCAAAGUGUGAUCAACUUUGUGCUUUUCUUCUUCAACCUAUCCUGGCCUUCUUCCAACUCCAACUCCAACUCAACCUCACCCAAUUCACCAGACUCUUCUUCCUCUUCCUCUUCUUCUUCCCCUUACAUGAGAAACUCUAACAAGGAAGGCCACCAUCAUCCCUCCCAACUAAAAAAACUUUAACCCUCGAUCCUCAUGUAUUUUAUUUGUUUAUUUGGACCUCGUUAUCGUUUCCCCCCCACCCACCCCCCCUCCUUUGGCUGUGUUCUUUUUCUUUUUUUUUGAGCUUGUCUUACAUACAAAAAACAUUGUUGUUUAGAUUGCAAUUGUUCUAUUACUUAGCAUUCUUGUUUCUGAGAUUCAUUGGUUGUGAUUGAUUGAUACUAUCAUGCAUAACCAUCUUACAGACUAUCUUAUAACAGUACUACCUUCAUACAUUACAGAUAAAAGUCCUCCAUACUUACUUGGUUAUCUUCUUUUUUCUUUUGGUUCACUUUUUUCUUUUAUCAAUAUUGCAUGUUGUUUCUUUUAGAUAUGCAAGUCAACUUGCUUGGUCAGACUUGUCAACAAUAAAAAUUUGAGCUGACAGUCC